UCUCUCUCUCUCUCUGUUGUCUUUGCUCACUGGCUAUCCCGCAUGACCGGCACGUGCCAAUGCUUCUCCUUCACUCUCACUCUCACUGUCACUCUCAGUUUCCUUGCCUGCAUAUUCUCUCUAAUUGGAGCACUCCCCACUUCCUUCCCUCACUUUCUUUCCCUCCCUCACCAACCAAACCAUCAACUCUCUCUCUCUCUCUCUCUCUCUCUCCAACUUCUUUGAUUUUGUGGAAAUUCCAUGUUGAGGCCAUUAAGGAGUUUCACAGCAUGAAGCCUCACCCCCAAAAGCUCAAAACCCAACCCUCCCCCCGCCCCAUCUUCUCCUGCUCCUUCUUCCGCCACUGCACCCAGACCUCCCUCAGCCCCACCGCCCCAACCCCUCCCCCCCUCCCCCUCUCCCCUUCCGACCCACCUCCUCCGCCCCCUCCCCCUCCUCCUCCUCCUCCUCCUCCUCCGCCACCUCCAUCCCCUCCUGCUCCCCCUCCUCCGCCGCCCCCGCCGCCCGCCACCCACCCUCCCAAGAAAGCCGAGACCUCCUCUUCCUCCUCCUCUUCCUCCACUUCCCAGAGCUUCACCCUCUGGAAAUUCCCUCUCAAUUCACCCCUCCACCGCCACCACCACCACCCCCCGCCCACUCAGCAGCCGCCCCCGCCACCUCCGCCGCCCAUCUCGCCCGCCGUCCUCCAGGAUCUCUUCCACUCGGCGGAGCUCCGGCUGACCACCGGUUCCGGCCCCGACCAGCUCUCGGCCCUCCACCUCCUGGAGCGCUCCCUGGUGCCGAACCCGCCCCUCGAGCCCACUUGCCCGUUCGGGCUCAUGCGCGCCGUCGUGAGCUGCAUGCAGGCCCACGUGGGCCCCAAGUCGGCCACCAAGAUCCUCUUCGCCCUCUGCCUGGCGGAGGACAACCGCCGGGUGGCGGUGGAGGCGGGGGCCGCCGCGGCGGUCGUGGAGUCGGCGAUGGAGCUGGAGGUGACCGCCGCGGAGAGGGCGCUCGCGGCGCUGGAGUUGAUGUGCACGGUCGCCGAGGGGGCGGCGGAGGUGCGGGCCCACGCCCUGGCGGUGCCGGUGAUGGUGGAGAUGAUGGGGAGGAUGGAGGGGCGGGGGAGGGAGCACGCCAUCAGCGUGCUCGCCGUGAUAUUCUGCGGCGGCGGCAGCGGCGGCGGCGGCGGCGGGGGGGAGGCGGCGGCGGUGGCGCCGCCGGAGGAGGUGGCGCGGGCGGUGAUGCUGGCGCUGCAGGGGGACUGCAGCGCCCGGGGGAGGAGGAAGGGGGCCCAGCUGCUGAAGGCGCUGCAGGAGACGGUCGGAUACGACUCGGGGGGGAGGAUGGACGGCUGCGAUCUGUCGGCUGUAGGAAUUUAGACGGUGGGGAUUUGAUGUGAGCUGCUGCUGCUGCUAAUGGUGAAGUGUAUGUAGCGUAGGAAAUGUAGCAAGAGCUUCUCUCUUAAUUAUUAGACACGGUUUAACUA